UAAAAUUUGCUAACAAGUAACCAUGACACUGGUGUGGCGCCCGUUGCUUUUCGUGGUGCACUGCAUCCAGCGCAUACUGUACAGGUGUUGCAGUCGACUAAGCAACGAAUUUGUUAUUUUAGUCGUAUUUAAUUUAAUGUGCCUGAUCGCUGUGCUGGAUUACAACUGGGCCCGCCAUGAUCGGGACUUGAUGUAUUGGCAGCAUGAGAUCAGAGAACACAUAUGCGAAUUUCUGCUAACGAUGAUUGUGCUGCUAGCAUCAGUGCAUGUGGUGUUGUCAUGUAUAGACGUAACUAUAUUAUCCGCACUCGUUCGGCGAAAAUUAAGCCAUUUCGAGAAACCCCGAAUCUAUUUUGAGCUCCAAUACAGACGUUACAUAUUCAUGCGUAUGGUGCAUAAGCUAGAGCUGGCUCUGCAGUUGCAGCAUCGCUAUGCCGAUGGGGAUAGUAAUAUGGUUGAUGACCUGCAUCGGGCUCAGCAGCUCAUCAGAAAGACUAUCGACGAGUUUCGAGCGGCAACUCAUGUUCUCCUAUGGCCCAAUCAAACAGACCUUGAAUUGGAACCGUAUGUGCUCUAUAACAUAGAUGAGCUAAAUUUAGAGUUGAUCGAUUCUCUCGGCUAUGGCUUAAGUCGGGUUGAACUCAAUGAUGUUACAAACGAUGUGUUUAGGAGUUUACUUAAUCCAAAUUGGUACUGAACUUGAGUCCCUAUAAAAAUUUAAUGGUAUUCGAAAUUAUGCAAA